GCAACGAGACUUUUCAUUUGAUGUUAAAAGAGUGUGAGAUUGGUACUUGAUCUGCGUGGUUGAUUUGGAGGAAGAAGAAGAAGAAGAAGAAGGGAUUACAAAUGGCGAGAUCCACCAACAAGGAUGCACAAGCCCUUUUCAACUCCCUUCGUUCUACUUAUGCCGCCACUCCCACUACUCUCAAGAUCAUCGAUCUCUAUGUGGGUUUCGCCUUUUUUACCGCGCUGAUUCAGGUGGUGUACAUGGCUGUUGUUGGAUCUUUCCCAUUUAAUUCUUUUCUCUCUGGAGUACUUUCUUGUGUUGGGACAGCAGUCCUUGCUGUCUGUCUCCGCAUCCAAGUCAACAAAGAAAACAAGGAAUUCAAGGAUUUAGCACCAGAGCGAGCUUUUGCAGACUUUGUUCUCUGCAAUCUGGUACUGCAUUUGGUGAUUAUGAAUUUCCUUGGAUAGGUUUCUUGAGUGUCAUGCAGCUUUAGAAUGUUAUUUACAUAUUUUAUGACUGCGAGAAUUACUGGCAUCAGUACUCUAUGACAUUGAUGAGAGAUUUUUCUUAGGUCACAAACUUCUAUAAAUGAAAUAUAGAAAGAUAGUUGGGAUUUUCACCUU